AUGACUGGCAAUUUCAACGGCAACUUCACAGGCAACUUCACGGGCAACUACACAGGCAACUUCACAGGGCUACCCCCCAGCGGCAACACGACCAGCUUGUACGCCUACUCCAACACGACGAGCCCGCCUCCAGGGGGCAACAUGACGGCCUCGGCUCCCAGCGGAGCCAUGAUGAGCGGCCCCGGCUACGCCUUUGGGGGCCAGUUCUCCCCUCUCCCAACCCUCUUGCGCGACGGCAGCGUCGCCGGCGGCAUCUGCUACAGCCCGCAGCUCUGGACGGCCUGCGCGCCCGAGGCAGGGGCUGCAGCCUGCGCCUUCAUGGCAGGCAGCAUCAACUUGUGCCAUUUCGCCUCCCAGUGCUCUGUCCCCCCCACUGCCAGCAACUUUGGGUGCGGGAUCGCCCCCGACACCUGCUGCAUGACAUCGGCGACGGCUGUGUUCUCCCCAAACACUUCUCAGGCGUGCGCCGUGGCGACCGGCUCGCCGGAUCGCGGCUGCGUCGUCAGGCGGAGCUGCGUGAUGGUCAGGGACCCGUGCCGCCGCUUCUCGACACCGUGGGGGUGCGCCACCGACCCCGGCUGCAUGUUGAUGCCCGGCUCCGAGCCCAACUCUUCGUUCGGGACCGUCUGCGCGUCCCGGGUCGACAAGUGCGCGACGGCGGCGCUCGCCGACUGCGGCCGCAACGGCACGGAGUGCGCAGCAGUGGACCGCUGUGUGUCGAACCCCUGCAAGCGCGGCGACGCCUGCUGCUUGCUCAACGACGACCCUGCAGCUUGCCGCGCUAACACUGCGUGCCAGUCCCAAGUCUUCUGCCGGCCGCGCGUCAACGAGUGCGGGCCCCUCGGCGCCAACCAGACUGCGUGCGCCGCCAAGCCGUACUGCACGUGGGACGCUGGCUCUGGCAGCUGCUGGUCCGACGACUCGAAGCAUCCCUGCGCCGCGCUGGCCGCGGACGCGUGCCGCGCCAGCACCCUGUGCGUGCCGCAGCACCAGUGCCAGGACCUGUGUUCUCGCUGCGCCGAGUGCCUGCCGCGUGCGCGGGAGAUCCUCUCCGGCCCAACGGCGGCCGCCCUGGCUGCCAACUCCUCCAACACAACCGCGAGCCUGGCCAUCUUCCAAACCGCAUGCCUGCAGGGUAUCGUCGACGCGCAAACCUGCAGCGCAGUUACGGCAAUCCUGAAGGCCCCCGGCGGCACCAGCCUUGCGCUCCGCCCCGGCGCGAUGUGCUCCCUCCUCGGCAUGUGCUCGCCCGCCGCAAACUGCUCGCUGGCCGACCCCGUCGCCGGCCCCGCCGCCGGCCGCUCCCCGCUCAGCCUCUGCUCCUCGAGUGGCACCGCCAACGGCAGCCUCGCGGGCUCGGCCCGCGCCGCGGGCAGCCGGCCCGACCCGCCGCUGUGCGUCGCGGCCAGCGACUGCGCGGCAGGCAGCCUGUGCAUCAUGCUGGGCGGCGCGUGCGACUUCAGGGUGUGCGACCCUGGGACAGGCGUGGACGUGUGCAAGCCGGUCGGCAACUGCACGAGCGUCUGCGACACGCCGGCGGUUGUCGCGCGCGUGGCGGACUCGUUGAAGCGAGCGCCGCCCUGCACGACAGACGCAGACUGCGCGGACGGCAACACCUGCCGCGACCCGCCCUCCGGGCCGCUGGUGCCGCCCUGCCGCCGCGUCGUGUGCGCGAACGGCACCGAGGGGUCCGUGCCGUGCACCAAGAUCUGCCGCCCCGCAAGCCCGGCCAUGGUCAACGCGUCGAUCAUGAACGACGGCACCACCAUCAAGGUUUUGCUGAACCAGCCUGCCGCGGCCGUGCGGCUCCCGUGCAGCAACAUCUUCGACGCCCCCACCACCACCGCCGUCGGCCAGUCCGCGCUCUGCGACGCCGCCGGCAGCACCCUCACCGUCACCCCGGCGGGCGACGUGCGGCUCGUCCCAGGCAACACGACCCUCGCGCUGCGCGCCGGCCAGGCAUGGCUGGUAUCUGCGCUGGACCCGACCAACCAAUUCGCGGGCUCGCUGCCGCGGCCUGUCGCGACGUGCGCGGUCUGUCCCUCGCCCACGGCGCGCAUCCAGGGGCCGCCCCGGCUGGCGGACCCCUGCGCCGGCGCCGGGAACGGCAGCGGCGCCGCGGCGCCGCGCAGCGUCGUAAUCGCCGACGCGAGCGGGUCGAGCGACGCGUCUGGGCGGCGGCUGGCGUCGCUGGUGUGGGCGCUGGUGGGGGUGCAGGACCCGGUGCUCAGUGGGCUGGUGAAUGACACCAAUAACAAGGCCAACUCUUGGGACGCCUACACGCUCUCGGUCAAUGCAAACCGCAUCAAGGACAUCGCCGCCGGCACCUACACUCUGCGCGUCACCGCCACCAACAUCUUCGGCCUCAGCAACACCGCGACCUUCACCUUCGAUAAGGAGACCGCCGCUACUGUGCCCGCCUUUGUGCUGGACCGCUCCUUCGCCACGUUCAUGCCCUCCAAGCCGCUGCGCCUGGCCGCCAAGGUGCUCCCCGGCCGCUGCGCCGGCGGCGAGAUUGCCUGGGCCUGGUCCAGCACCCUGCCGGGCCUGGACCUGUCCUCAGCUGCCACUCCCAGCCUCUUCCUCAAGGGCGGCCUGACCGGGAUAGCCGCCGGCCAGGCCUUUACUUUCUCAGUGACCGCCGGCUACAGGGGAGCCAACACAACGGCCUCCGACUCUGUGACACUCACCGCCGUCGGCGCCCCGCUGGCGCCGGCCCUGUCCGGCCCGUCUGGCACGGUCCGCGCGGCCAACGUGACGUUCAGCGCUGCGCGCAGCCUCGAUCCAGACGACCCUCAGAACGCGGCCAGCCCCAUGGGGUUCCUGUGGUCCUGCGGCGCGGCGGCCGACGGCGGGCCGUGCUUCACGGCCGCGGGCUACCAGGGCGCGCAGGACGGCUCGGAGUGGCGCCUGGACCUGUCCAUGAUGGCGCCAGACAAGGAUUACAUCAUCAGCGCCACCGUCGUCAAGGGCUCCGGCGAUUACGCUCGCAGCGCCACGGCCUCCUUGGAGGUCACCCCCAGGACAGUGCCCAUCCCCACAGGCCGCAUCGAGCGCUCGUGCGGCUACGACCCGCGCACCCAGGCGGGGCGCGCCUGCAUGCCGCUGCACAACCCCUCUGAGCCGCUGACGCUGGUCGCCAUCCCUGAUGCAGGGUCCCCCGCACCCUCUUGGUCCUAUGACCCCACCCGCACCCCCGGCGGCCUGACCCUGGGGCCAGCCACCACCGCCGGCGGCACCAACCGCCGCACCGUCACCAUCCUGCCCGCCGGCCUGCCCGCGGCGGGGUCUGUCACCGUGGUGCUCCAGCUUGAGCAGGAGGGCCAAGUUGGCCGCACCUCUGCCACGAUCGGCAUCAACAGCCCCCCCGUCUGCACCGUCUCCGCCGGCUGCCUCACCGUCGAUGCCCCCAGCCAGACGUUCCCGGCCACCUUUGAGCUGCGUGGCGUCGCGGGCGGCUGGGUGGACCCGGAUGGGUUCCCACUAACAUAUGAGUUUGGCGUCGACAGCGGCGGCGUCCGCAGCGCCCGCGGCUCGGAUACCUCCCCCUCUUUCACCUUCCGCGGCCUGGGCACCGGCAACACCACGCUCUACAUGUGCGCAAUAGACACCAACGGCGCCCGCGCCUGCGGCACCCUGCCGGUCCAGGUGCUCGACCCGCCGGCAGCCCAGAAGGCGCAGGUCGUCGCGGCGGCGCUGCAGUCCGUCGCCGGCAGCGUCUCUGCGGCUUCCGACGCCUGCGACGCGUCGCAGGUGACGUCCGCGGCCCUUCAAAUCGCGUCCAUCCUCGCGCUCUCGGUCCCUGCGCCCGGCGCGCCGGGCGGGGGCGGCGGCGCGGCCGCGGCCGACGCGCUGAACGGCACGCAGAACACGCUGGUUCAGGCAAUGACCGCCGCGGGCCGCAGCGCGGGCGGGGAUCCCGACGUGAUGAACCCGAUGCUCGCCGCGGGCGCGGCGCUGUCGGCGGCCGCGGACCUCAGCCCCAGCGCGGGCGCCGCGCUGCUCGACCUGUUUGACUCGACGCUCAGCGCCGACGCGGAGGCCGGGCGCGGGCUGGGGCCCGCGCAGCUGGCAGAGUUCGCGUCCGCCCUUGCUGAGGGCCUGUCCGCGGCCGCUGCGGCGCCGCCGCCGUCGGCCGCCGCGUCGCGACGGCGGCGCCUGCUGACAGAUAGCGCCGUUAUGACGCCGGGGGCGGUGUACGCCGCGCUGGCGAGCGGCGCGGACGGGCUGUCGUCGGCGCUGCUCGCGGGCGCGGCGCUGGACGCGGCCGCGGCGGCCGCGGGCGGCGCAGACGUGUGCGUCGCGGCGGCGCUGCUGAACGCGGCGGCCGUGGAUGGGGCGCAGGUGGCCCUCAACUGCGCGGGCAUUGCGGCGGCUGCCAAGAUCACGAUGCCCGCCAACUUCAGCGGCCCGUGCCUGGCCGACGCCGCCUGCGCCGCCGCCGCUCCCAUCGCCCUGCAAGCCGCCUACUUCUCUCCAGACUCGCCGACCGGCACGCCGGCCGCCAUCAUGGCCGUGCUCGAAUCCUACCCUUCAGCUGUCGGCAUCAACAGGGUGGCCCGAGCCGUCACCCUCGUCACCGGGGUGAUUGAAGUGUCGUCCAGCUACACCGCCGGCGCGUCACCCGCGCGCCUGUGCCCCUCCGGCGCCGCCGGCUGCGCCGCGUCGCUGUCGCUGCCGCUUUCCGUAGCCUUCGUGCCGCCCAGCGCCAACGCAUCGCUGCUCAUCGCAUGCGUGCGGCUCGCGGCGCCGCCGGGGGACACCAGCGGCGAGGCGCUCGCCAGCAGCGAUGACUCAGCGGAUGUGGUGGCAGCUGGCGUCAGCGGCAACUCAGUCGUCUGCAAGACCGCGGAGCAGGGAAUGUACGCCGCCUUCCAAUACUACGAUCCCAGCGCCGCCCCAGAGCGCUCGUCCCCGCCGCCGUCCGCGUCGCCCGCCGCCUCGCCGCCCGCCGCCUCACCCUCGCCGUCGCCCGCCGCUGCUGGCGGCAACGACACGGCGACCGCGUCGCCGUCGCCGUCGCCGGCGGCCUCGCCUGGCGCGGCGAGCCCGUCGCCCUCGCCAGCGGCGUCGCCCGAGGUGGAGGCGCCCGCCACGUUCAGCGAGGCGGCCGUCGAUGGCAAUGUGUCCAAGCCCUUCACCUUCACCUUCGCCCUCAGCUGGCAGGACCUCUCCUCCAACGCCACACAGCUCGCCGACUUCAAGCUCGACCUGCGGCGCUCCUUUAUCCUGGGCGUCGAGCGCGGCGGCUGGGGCGUCGGCGUCCGCACAGCUUCCGGCGACCUGGAGCUGUCGCGCGUCACGGUCACCUCCGUCCGCGAGGGCUCCGUCGUGGCCGUGGUGUCGUUCCUGCUGCCCGCGGGCGCGACCGACGCGCAGGCAGCCGAGUUGGUGACCCUCGUGACGUCCAACCCCCAGGCGCUGCUCGCAGGCAGCCCCCUGGCGGUGAACGUGCUAUCGGCGGAGCCGGCGCCCGCAGCUUCGGGCGGCGGCGGGGGCCUCCGCGGCAGCGCGGUGGCUGGCAUCGUUGUGGGAUCGGUCGUGGGCGCGGCCGCGCUGGCGGGUUGCGCCAUGAUCGUCUUGGCACGCGCGAGGCGCACCGUCGGGGCGGGCGGCAAGGCCAGCGGCGCGGGCGCUGUCACUCCGUCGGGGCCGUCCAGGGCGGGGGCGAGCGUCGCGGCCGUCCAGAGCGAUGGACGGCCGGGCAGCGCCGGCGGGGUGAGGGAGCAGGCGUGCAUCCAGGAGCGCUGGCAGCCCCUGGGCUGA